AUGAAGCUGCGCAUAGAAAGUAAGACCCUUCGGGUAAGUACUUCCGAGGCGGACACCUUCACAUCGGUGUUUAAUAUCCAAAAGUGUAUUUAUAAAAUAAUACGUGUUUAUAAUAUCGCUCAAACUACUCUCCAGGCUUGAUUAUCUGGACGUAUUUUCAUUAAAGAUAUAACUAACGCACGUCAAAAAUUAUUAAAUAAUAAAGAGAAAUUACUUGUUAAAUAGAUUUUAUUUCUAAAUAAGCGAGGAGUAAGCCUCCGGCUAUUUAAUAUCAGAGAUAUAAUUAAUUUAAUUAUUUUUAAAUAAAAUUAUUCAAUUAUUAAAUAAGUAGAUAUUAACUGGGCUUAUAGCUUUAUUAAAUACUAUAAAUUUUUAUAAAUUUGAUUUACUAAAUAAUUUAAUUAUCAAAGAACUAAAAUAGAGGAUUCUGAAGUUAUAAAAGACUAGUUUAAAUAUAUAUAAGAAGUUAUUCAAGAAUACAAGAUUUUAUUAAAUAAUAUAUAUAAUUUUAAUAAAACAGGGUUUACUAUAAAAAUAAUUAUUAUAUAUAAAAUAAUAACUAGUUCCUAGAAAGCAGGUCAGCCGUUCCUAAUUUAAUCAGGAAAUUAGAAAUAGAUCAUUAUAAUUAAAUAUAUUUAUUUUAAUAGAAAAAUUCUAUCUUCGACUCUGAUUUUUAAAAAUAAAAUAUAUUUAAAGAUAUAAUAUGAAGGUCAAUCCAUUUCUUUUAUUUAAAGAUUUAAAAUCAGUAAUAACAGUUAGACUAUUAAUAAAAUUAGAUUUUAAUAAUUUUAAAAAUACUUUAUUCUCUUGAUUAGAAAUAAAUUAGUAAAUAAAUAUAGUCUUCUAAUUUUUAAUAGCCAUGGUAGUUAUUUAACAUCUGAAUUUAACUAAUUCUAUAUUAAAAAUAAGAUUAUAUUUAUUUAUAUAUCUGCUUAUUCGUCCCAUCUAUUUUAAUCUCUUGAUAUUGAUUAUUUUAGUAUAUUUAAAUGUAUGUACGGAGAUAUGGUUCAAAAGCAGAUAUAAUAUAGCUAUAAUUAUAUUAAUAAACUUAACUUCUUAGAGAUCUAUUCUAAAACUUAUUAGUAUAUUUUAUCAAAAUUAAAUAUAAUUAGUAAUUUUAGAAUAACAGGUUUUAUUUCUCUAGAUUCUAAUCAAGUAUUUUCUUAA